AUGUUCCAACUAUAUUCGAUGUCGCAGUGGGGAUGGGAUCCAGAGUCGAAAAAGGCUGAACUGAACGCAACAACAGCUCGGUUCAUUAUAGCUAAGAACGAAAAAGGAGAGCCCAUAGGUUACACACAUUACCGCUUUGACAUGGAUCAUAAUAGCUCCGUUUUAUACUGUUACGAGAUUCAAGUGGAAGAGAGAUAUCAAAAGAAAGGAGUCGGAACGUUAUUGAUUCAAGUGGAAGAGAGAUAUCAAAAGAAAGGAGUCGGAACGUUAUUGAUUCAAACUCUCGAAACUUUGGCUGAAAAAACGGGUAUGGAGAAAGUGAUGGCGACAGUUUUCGCCUUCAAUGAAAAGUCGCUGGGUUUCUUCCAUAAGCUGGGAUACGAAACCGACAUUUCAUGUCCUGAUGAAAAUCAAGGUCGCGAUUACCUUAUUCUUAGUAAAGCGGUUGUCUGA